CCCCUUUCUUGAGUUCGUUCUUCUCCACCGCCUUCUGCUAAUUCCCCUUUGUUCAAAAGCCAAAAUCUCCAUUAAAUUUUAAUUAUUCCCAGCUUGAAGCCCAAAAAGAUCUAGUCUUGAAGCAUCAUUUCUGCAAUUACAGUUCUGCGCUCUGUAUAUUCAUAUCGGUAUCUAUAUACAGAGUGAUCUUCGGAAUGUCGGAGAAAUUCUCGGCGACACUGAGAAUUGGGGAUCUGAAUGAUUACAUAGCUCCAUCCCAGGGCUGUGUAGUUUCCCUCAAAGCGAAUUCCAAUAGGCUCGAAAAGUCGGAGGGUUUCGGCAAAGUUGGAAGAGCUGCCAAACCAUCAGUGCAAAAUGAACCAGUUAAAAUUUCUCUCAAGGACUGCUUAGCCUGCAGCGGAUGCAUUACAUCGGCAGAGACAGUUAUGCUUGAGAAGCAGAGCCUAGAUGAGUUCCUUUCAAAUAUAAACAAAGGCAAAGCAGUCGUCAUCUCUGUGUCUCCUCAGUCUAGAGCCUCGCUUGCUGUUCACUUUGACAUUUCCCCACUUCAGGUAUUUAGGAAAUUGACUACAUUUUUCAAGUCCUUGGGUGUGAAGGCUAUAUUUGAUACAAGCUGCAGUCGAGACUUAACUCUGAUUGAAUCAUGUAAUGAGUUUAUAGCACGUUAUAAGCAGUCCCAAUCAACAGAUGGAGAGGGAUCGAAAUUACAGCUACCUAUGAUAUCUUCUGCAUGUCCAGGGUGGAUAUGCUAUGCUGAGAAAACACUUGGAUCAUACAUUCUUCCCUUCAUUUCUUCAGUCAAGAGCCCCCAGCAAACUAUUGGUGCUGUCAUUAAGAAUUAUAUAUGUGAAAAGCUACAUAUUAGGCCUGAGGAGAUCUAUCAUGUGACAGUGAUGCCAUGUUAUGACAAGAAACUCGAGGCAGCACGUGAUGACUUUGUGUUUAAUGUGGAUGGUGAUGGUGAAAAAAUUACAGAGGUAGAUUCAGUGUUGACCACUGGAGAGGUUUUAGAGUUGAUACAGUCAAAAGCAAUUGAUUUUAAAGCCUUAGAAGAGUUUCCACUAGAUAAAUUGCUGACAAAUAUUGAUGAGGAAGGCCAUCUCUAUGGAGUUCCAGGAAGCUCUGGAGGAUAUGCAGAGACAGUUUUCCGCCAUGCUGCUAAAAUACUGUUCGGGAAGGAAGUCGAAAAUCCGUUGAACUUUAAGAUCAUAAGGAAUUCAGAUUUCCAAGAAGUGAGUCUAGAAGUGGACGGCAAAACUGUUUUGAAAUUUGCACAGUGCUAUGGUUUCCGAAACCUGCAGAAUGUAGUAAGGAAAGUCAAAAUGGGGAAGUGCGACUAUCACUUUCUAGAGAUAAUGGCUUGCCCUUCAGGUUGCUUAAAUGGGGGUGGUCAAAUAAAACCAAGACCUGGACAAUCUGCUAAAGAUUUGAUCCAGUUGUUAGAGAAAAGUUACACGGAAAAUGUCUUGGUAGCGAAUCCAUUGGAGAAUCCCAUUAUAAAAGGCCUAUACGAUGAGUGGCUCGAGCAUCCCGGUUCAGAGAAAGCCAAGAGGCACAUUCACACAGAGUACCACCCUGUAGUAAAGAGUAUCACUUCUCAGUUACAGAACUGGUAGUGGUGACGAAGGGAUCCUCUCAGCUUUGCUUGUCAUCUGGCGGGCAUCCACAACCUCCCCUCGACUGUGGUACCCCCCACAAUUUUGGCAGUGCAAUUUUGGUAGAGAAGUGAUAUUCACGUGGGUAUUCCAUAUUCAUUCUGCACUGUAAAUAUCUCAUGUGUGGUUCACCCAUAACCCUCUGUAAUAUUUAAGCAAAAAUUUGUGAGCCAUGGUGGAAUAACCCAUCUUUUUGUAUGGAACAAUAAAUCAGGAACCAUGAGAUAUAGGAUAUCUGUAUGUACUAGAGGUGGUUCUCUUCACUCUUGUUAAUUGCAGAGUCAUAGCAUGCUUUUAUGGUUUGUAAAGAAUUUUUUUUUAGUGUACCUUACAGCUUACAGCAUGGAAAAUGAUUUUAUUAUAAGAAUAUAACAGAUGGUGAAUGUUAUUGUUCUGUUA